CAAUUAAUCGCUGAAUCCUUUAUUCUAUAAAUAAUAGUAAUGGCAAAUAUAUAUAAAUAUGAUUGAGAACAAUCAAAUAAAACAGAAUUGGAUAAAUAAAUAAGUUUUUUGACUAAUUCCUCCCCUUUAUCGUCUUAAUUCCCUAAAUGUCCUUGUUAAAAGUCUACUUAAGAACUUUUGAGCAUUCUAUUUACUCUUCGGAAUAAAUUGGAGGAAUAUAAAAAAGAAAACAAAAUUUGACCACGUAACCAAAUCGUUAAAUGCUUACGUGGUUUUACGGAUUGAAGGAAAAAAAAUUUAUUCAUCACAAUCAAUAAAAGUCAAUUGAUUGAAAUUUUUAACAAAUCAAGUAAAUAUUUACGUUACAUAGUAUGGAUAAAUUGAAAUAUAUUUCCUAUAUUAUAUAACACGUUUGACAUGGCCAAUAUACCUAUAAACUUAAGAGACAACGCAUCCAAAUUCAGUACUCCAUAGUACAUAAAUUCCUGUCUUAUUGCAGAUAUUAUAAAUGUAUAUUUGAUAUUUACUAUUGAUAUUUGUAAGAAGCUAAAAAGAGCUUUCAAGAUUGGACUUACGAUCAUUAAUACUGUUAUAAUAAAUAUUAUGAAUAUAUUGCAAAUGAGCAACUCUCGAAUUAACAAUGGUGUACUCCUUCCACAAUUGUAGGAUAAUAUUUGUAACAAGUAAGCUAGAGUCACGUUUAACAUUAAGAAUAACGUAAUGUCGAAAUAACUUAGAAUUAAAGAUCUAAGGAAUAAAUUCAUUGAUUUAUAUGAAUAGAAUAUGCCCUGGCUCUUAAUCUUACCAAAAUUAAUAGAAUUAGGUCCAUCAUAUAUAAAAACGCUUGUUUCUCCAGGAACAUAAAAAAUUCCUUUACCAAUAUCCCUCCCUAUAUUUGACCUGGUAUUUAUAAAAGCAAAUUGUAUGAUCCCUUGAUAAUGAAUUCUGAGAAAUAUAAGAAAUGUAGGAGGAAUUGGAAGAGGUGAUGAGAUGACAAUUUUCAUACCAUCAUCUAGAAUCCAAUCUUUAAAUUUGGUUCUAUUUUUUACCGUAGCUAAUCUUAUCUUUGCUAGUUCUUCUCCAAUCCAAUCUUUUAGCAGUAGUGACGGAGUGUUGGGAAAAUGUACGCUACUCAUUUUUACACCUUCUUUUGUUGGUGGGAUCAACAAGGAUAUUGUUGAGACUCUGUUUCUAUGAGACGGACAGUUAUCGUUUGUAGACAUACACUUAUGUAUCCCAUAUCGCAAGGGCCAAGAUAAUCCUAGUUUUAACAUUUUGUCCCAUUCUGACGCUGAGGAUUUACUUUCUUUGCCAAAAACGAGGAAGUGAACUAACCAAACACUCCUACUUUCGUUAUUAACAAAAUAAUUGUAGUCUUUGGAAUUCUGAAAGUAGAUUGGUGAAAUUUGUCUAAAAUUUAUAUUUUCAGAUUCUUCUCUGGAUAAUCCUCCACUUAAUUGAAUUAAAUCUUUUAACGAAAGUUUUGAGAGUGAACCUCUGUGGCUUACACCUCUAUGAUCCAGAAUUGUUUUUAAUGUUGAAGCAGGAAAUUCAUUGAUGUCAAGUUGUUUCUUUCCUCCAACUUCAUAGUUGAGAGUCCUUUUCAGUAGAAAUGAUAGACUAUACAUAUAUAUAAUAUACAUGAAAGGAUAUUUGAAAGCUAUUUGAAAAUAUGUGUAAAAUUUACGAUAUUGCAUUUUUGGUGUGUAUAUUCGAAUCGUGGUUUACUUGAGCUGAGAUAACCACAUAACCGUUCAACCGAAUGGUUUCUACAUUACCGGUUUGAAAAAGAGCGCAUAGGAUAGGGGAGAAUAUGGUUUCUUUUAAAAAGAUUACAGUCCCUUUAGGAUGUAUAUAUCUUCUAAUUUUAAUUAAAUGGUUACAUCUAUCAAAAAACUCAAAUCUAGGAAGUCUGAAUAUUCACAAAAUAAGACACUUAUUGAAUGAUAGAGGAAUAAUAUAUUCCAAUGAACAUGAUAAAUUAGACCUUAUAAAAUUUCUGGAAGAUUCUGGGGACUUAACAGAAGACAGUCCAUAUGAUAGAACUGGAAAAACAGCAGCCAAUUUUCCAGGAGAAAACUCAAAUCUUGAAGAUGCUAUACAAGAAAUGGGGAAAUUUGUAUGGCUAAUUAAGGUUCACCAUGGUGGGAAAUUUGAUAAAAUACUUGAAAAAAAAUGGCAAGAGUUUAUAAAUUUGAAUCUCUCUUGGCCUAUUAAACACGGAGUUUAUCAUUGUCGGAAAAAUAAUGAUAUGUGCCGUAAAAAGCUUUGGAUAUCUUCCAAGAUUAUUUUGAUAUUACCUCCUGUAAGUAACCAUUCAAAACGGCACGUUUUCCUCUCUUAUAGCGCGCUUUUUGAUUUGUCAAUUAAAGAUUGGAUGAUUCGAGAAUUAUCUAGUAACAAAGAAUUAUCAGUGAUUUCUGAUAAAAUGACUUUAAAGUCAUUUGCUGAUGAUAAGUCCCCUAAAAUCCUUUUUGCAUUACCCUUUAAACACCCACCAAAAUAUUUGCAUUUUUUGCAAAUGAAAUACUCCCAUGAAAUCAAGUUUGGUUACUUGAACACAACAGAAUGGGUUGCCAAAAAGUAUUUAGGUUCAAGAAGGUCACAGAUGAGAGUAUAUAGAAAUAAGAGUGAAUACGAGUACAGUCGAAUUAUUGGUGAAGAACUAUCAUUUAAUUCUUUAGAUUACUACUUAAAAACUUCAGUGGGAAGUUUCGGUGAUAUAACAGUAGCGAUCUUGAUAAUUUUUCAUCUGGAGACCAUCCUUAGAAUAUUAACAUUUAAUGGUCUUAGUUCUAUAAAAGAUACCAUAAAAUGGUGGGAAAACGUAGUUAAAGUCAAAACAGUGAAGGCUGAUUAUACAAAUUGUCUGUCUUAUAUAUUAGGCAUUAGGAGUAAGCGGCUAUAUGGAAUUGUUGAUAUAGGCUAUCUCGAAUUGAAAAGACAGCGAGAAAGGCUAGAAGAAAUUGAAAGAGAGAACCUUGAAAGAGAGAGAAUACUACAGAAUAUAUUGAAUGUUAUUGCCCAAUUUAUACCCGACUUUGAGUUCGGAGUGGGUGAAUAUGAUCCAAAGAAAACACGUGAUACAGAUCUUAGCAAAAAAUUAACGAUUGUUGUACCGAAUAAGGAACAAGAGGGAAACACUUGUUUCUGUGGUGAACAGCCUAAAAAAGGAGAAUUUCUGCAGCUCAAUUGCAAGCAUAUUUACCAUUCGAAAUGUAUUCAAGAUUGGUACGCAUACCAAAACAGCUGUCGACUUUGUAGAGAAAUCAUAAUCAGAGAUGAACAUCUUCACGAAAUAUAAUACGGGUGUUCAUUUACUUUUCAUAAAGUGCGAUUUUUUUGGACUCAUCUAGACAUAUAUUAUAGAAAUGCUAGCUCUUCUAUAAGCUGCUUUUCAUGAAUAUUAUCACAGCAGCUUCUGAAACUAUUACUGCAAUAAAAAUGUUAAUAAUUGCCGAAUUGUGGAUGAUUUAUCACUAUAGGGACUAGUAUAACAAACGAUAUUUGUCAUUAGUAGUUUCAUUAUAGAUAGACAGCGAUUAAACUUCGAUUAUCGAAUCUCGUUUGCUCAAUACCUAUAAAAUUUCUUGAGCAUUUAGCCAACAAAGUAUACAAUGGGAGUGAGAAAUUAUUAUUCAUUCUUAAAUCAUAAGCCUAUUGAAAGUUCCCAAAUGUUUCUGUCUAUUACGCAAUAUUAUUAGUCAGAGUUGCGCAAACAGUUGAAUUUUUUGUAUCACUCGUGACUAUUACCAGUUUAGAUUUCAAAGAACAUUUGUUCAGAAUGUUAAAAUUUUCUUAAUUGAAUUUUAGAUAGCUAUGGAUAUAAAAUUUCGUCUAAUCAUCUUCUUUGAUAUAAUAAUAUUUAGUCUUUUACCAAGAUUAUUGGAUGUUACAACCUAUCACGUCAAUAGAAAUGAUAUCUUUAAUGAAACGUUUAAGAAUAUUUUUAAAUUGGAAAACCUUAAAGAAAAUCAUGUAUUUCACGAUAAUAAGUUUAAAUAUUUCAAUUAUAAGGAACUCGACGACAAUUUAUACGAGAAUAAUUUUUGUCAAUUAAACGUUUCAAUGAUAAUGAUGCUUUAUAGUGAAAAUGAAGAUAUUGAAUUGAAGGAUAAAUGGAAAGAGUUUCUUGCAACGAAACAAUUCUGUCCAAUUCAUCUAGUCCGAUAUAAUUGUUGGAAAACUGUGGAUGAUUGUGUUCAAAACGAUUUGAAAUUGUCACAUAUUUCUUUACAACUAAUUAAUAAUGGGCGAUCAAUUAGGAUUGCAAUAUAUCCUAAAUCUUUAUCUCUUUCUUUAACUGAAUGGUUAAAAAUAGAACAAUGGAAAUUAAAUAUUCCAAUUAUUUCAACUGUUGAAGAUUUAAAUGAUUUCCGGUCAAAGACAGGUUGGAAAAUAAUUUACGACAUUUCAAAGAGAACAAACAAAGAGUCUUUAUUAUCAUUAGGAUUGUCUUAUAGAGAUAAAUUAAAAUUUGCCUAUAUAAGAUCGAGUACAAUAAAUGGAGAUUUUAUAGUAAAGAACUAUCUACCCGAAUCAAAAGGGGAGGGUAUUUAUAUAUUCUAUAAUAAUCGUUAUUCAUUUUCGCAUACAUUAUGGAAAAGAUUUAUCUUAUCUUAUUGGUUAAUAAUUCUUAGCUUUUGUAUAAUAAUACUUUUCCUAUUCCUAGAAGAUGUAUUCUUCAUUACUUUUGCUUCUGUAAUCCUUACUGAAAAGUUUAUUUUCCCCUUUAAUCCUUUCAUUUCAAUAUCAUAUUUUAUGGAAAGAUUUCCAUUAAUAAUCUUAUUGAUAAUUUGUUACGAUAUUCAAGAUACUAAUAUAAUUACUACAAUUAACCAUUAUUUUCGAAAUAUAACGCAUAAUAUCAUUAAUAAAUUAUGUUAUCUAUUGAUUUUAUGCUUGUAUAUACAUAUAUUUAUGAACCAAUCAAAUUAUCCAAUAGAUUACGUCUAUCUCUUUAUUGAUGGAAAGCUUUAUUGUACUUCAAGAUUUCUAUUGUACUUUUGCUUAUCGAAUUUUGUUUUCUAUUCGUAUUUUCAAUUAAGUAAUACUGUCAUUUUUCGUUAUGUAAUCUUACAAAUAAGUUUGUUCUUUAUUCGUCUCUAUCAGUAUGAAAUUUUUCUCUUUUGUCAUUUUAAAAAUGUAUUGAAAUAUGCUAGAAACUUUAGGAAGGCUGCUCCUACCAAUGAAAAUUUAGAGUUUGAUGAUAAUUAUAAAUUAAAUGAAGACUAUAGAAAUAGAUACAACUCCGAAAUCUAUAAUAAGAAUAAAUAGUUUGUUAUUAUUUGAAAUUUCGAGAAAUAACUGGUAUAAAUUACGUGAUAACUAGUAUUUAUGAUUGAAUACAAACAUAGCCUUAAGAACAAUGUUUUUCUGCAAUUAUAUGAUAAAAUAGUGUAUUUUAUUAGGAGUAUUGUGUUUUUGCCUAUUAUUCCAUUUCUUGAUUUCACUACGUAUUUUCAUGUGUUCGAUAACGAUUUCAAAACCCUUCAAGGAGCUUACAAGUUUAUGCUGAAGAGGGAGCCUACUCAUCAAUUUCUAGACGAGAAUGAUUUUCAAUCUCUCACCAGUUUCAAUCAUCGGUAAGAGCGAAGGAUAUCAUCUAUUCAAUUUUAAUAAAUAUCACGUUCAACUUGUGAGAAUUUUAUAAAACGAACAAAUUGAUAAAGUACUGAAUGAUAGAUGGGAAGAGUUCCUGAGGAUAAAACAACCGAAUAUAAAUAAUAUUUAUGAAUAUAACUGCUCAACUUGCCAAAAAUUCUGCCAUUCACACAAAAAGGGUUCGCCGCAAAUAGCUUUAGUUGCACCUGCGGUGUCUGGGUAUGAUAGUCCUCUUACAUUUGCAGUUUAUCCUAGAAAUAGUUCGAUUUCAUUAAAAGUUGGAUUAUUACGAAAGAAUUUGAAUUAAGAACGCCUAUAAUCUCAUCAUCGGAGCAGUAUCAUGAAAUGCGACGUAAAGACGGAUGGAAAAUGAUUUUUAGUGAUGAAGAUAUAUUCCCCAAAGAGCUAUUAAUUAGACUUCGGGUAAAAUAUCAUAGAAUAGCGAAAUUUGCCAAUGUCAAGGCCAAUUCAGCUACUGGAUGGCACAAACCAAAAAUGCAUACCUAUAAUAACAACGGUAUAGAUCUCUUGUAUAACAGAUACUCUUAUAUUUACAACGAUUUGCUUAAUCAUUUUACAUGCCUUAAGCUUCUACAGAACGCUCGUCCGAUAAUUUAUAUUUUAUAUACACUAGUAUCACUUACCUUUCUAUGUUGUUCAAUUGCAUACGCAAUAGUUUUAAAUGGAAGCAACGGAACUUGUAUGGAACUGGGAAGAAAAUUCAAGGUUUAUUAUUAGGCAUAAUACUGCUAUCAGCUUAUCUAUACUUUUCCGCUUUACCUCCCGAUUAUAUAUACGUUUUGUUUUUAGGUAAUUAUUUUCAUAUGUCGUACUACAAAUUUAUAAUGUUUACUUUGUUAAUAGUAACCCCUAAAUUUCAUUCACUCCUUUCUUCAAUUGGUAUUUGUGAACGAAGGUAUCCUUGUAAUUGUAAUCAAUCUGUGUAUUCUCUAAUUAAUGUACCCUUUCGCAUACCUAUUACAAAUUACAAAUAUUAUUUUGUAUUAUCAGAAAGGAGGAAAAUGAAAGGAUCAGAUAGUCUUCAAUAUCUAUUUAAACUGUAUAAGAUAGAUCAAUUAUGCGACUACAAUAUGUAUAAUGUACAUUAGGCUAUGAUUUCAUUGAAGCACUUGCAAGAAGACCAAAUUUUGAUGAUGUUAGACGUCUACAGAACGUGGUUCGCAGAUAUCGAUCUACAGAACUUUUAGUUAGGAUUAAACGUCUAAUGAUAGACGUUAAGAUAAUUAUAGAAUUGAAAAUUUUAACCGAAAGAAGAUUAGAAGAGACUGACUGUUGCAUUUGCUUAAGGAAAAACUCUAAUAAACGUUCAGUUCAACUUCGUUGCAAACAUAUAUUUCAUUGUUAUUGUAUAAGAAGAUGGCGUAGAAUCAAUUAUUCUUGCCGCUAUUGUAGAAGUCCUAUGGAAUAGAUAAAUAAAAAACAUAAGAGAAUAGUUGUUGAUGAUUAAAUUCCACGAAUCGUUACGUCUCUUCAACAAUCUAGGUUUAAUUUGGAGAAGUGAACGUGAACCAUUCAUGAAGACACAAAUUUAAGUAAACCAGAACUUAUGAAAGAACAAGAGGAUUAUAUGCUGGAAAAUAGAUUUCGACAUGGAAACGUUCAAACAAUAAAUCCUUAUUAGGUUUGCUUAACGAACAGUAUUGAAGUGAAUGUGUUUUGGAAUACGGCUACAGAUUAAUACUUAAUAUUAGCAGGACAGGACAAAGUUUAAAUUGGAUGGAAGCUUUUUUCUACAGUGGAAUAAGGAUAUCUCCUGUAUCCUAAGUAGCAUUGACGAGACAGUAACACUGAUGCCUUAAGAUAGUAUAUUUAAUAAAAUGGGCUAUCAUUAUAUUAGAUAAAAAAAAACUUGAAAAACUCUCACGAACUGUCCGACGAGAAUCCAUUAAGUUUCUAAAUGACACAAACAUCUCUAACAUACUAUGUGAGAAAUAGCUAUUGAAUAAUAGGCUCUUUGGGAUUGGAUUAUGCUAGAUUACUCUAUGAACAAUCCUAUGAGAAUAGAGUAAGAUACACUACCGAAGUUGCCCAUUAAUAUAAGUUUUUUAGACUUAGUUAACAAGACAAAUUACCCAUCAGAAAUUUUGAUUAUUAUAUAAAAUAGGAAAACAAUUUUUCAUAAGUAAAUUUAGUGGGUAGGGAUUAUACGAUUUACGAUAAUACCAUUGAUUCAUUCUAUGCCUGGGGAAAAAAAACAAAUACAUCAAGACACAGACAGUUAGACAGGGGAGAUAGUCAACAAUAAUCGAUCUUUUAACACAGUCUAUAAAACUUGGCUAUAGGAGAGGAUGUUCCUUCUUUCUCUCUUAUCCAAUUUUUAUUACAUCCUAUAUAGAAAAAAGACUUAGAAACGACUUAAGACAUCUUGGAAGUUUUUAGCUUAGGAAUUCUAAGAAAUACUUAAGGCGAUUAGCUAAUCCUUUUCAAAAAAGAAAUUCAUCAUCUAUAAAACCACAUCAUCGAAUCUUAAACUUUUAAAAAUAGUAACUUUUUCGAAUAGGCUUAAUUACUGAAUUUAUACAAUGUUAAUUGUGAACAAUCUACUGGAUUUUAUAAAAAACAAAUUAGCAGGACUAUUAAGUUUACUUUUAGCUGAAUUAUUAUUGCUUUUCGUAUAUUAUGGAUUAGAUAUUACAACUUAUUAUACAAACGCGAAUUACGCUUUUAAAAAGGUUUAUCUUGAGACUAUGCAAUUAGAAAAUCGCGCUAAAAUAGCAAGUUUAUAUUUAGAGAGGAAGUGCGAAAUAUUUUAUCUUAUAACUCGAGAUAGGUAUAAUAAAUCUCUAGAGAAAUAUAGCAAGUAUGAUUUUCAUCUUUUAACCAUUUCAUUGGUUAAAGUACUGUAUAAUACUAAAGAGGAUAAGAUUUUCAACAAUAGAUGGAAUGAGUUUCUUUCAUCUAAAUCUCGUAGAAAUAUUAAAGUAAAGGAGUAUAAUUGUUCAAAAAUGUUGAAUGUUUGUCAGGAGAAUAAUUGGGCAAAAUCCCAAAUUGUUUUAGUAAAGGAAAUGAAAGAUUACGAUCAAGAAAUUUCAACAAUUUCUGUUUAUACUUCAUCUUCUCAACUUUCUAUUAACGAUUGGUUGGGAAAGAUAAUUGAUGAACUGACAAGAAUUAACCUAGGAUCAGUAAAUGAAUUUAAUAAAUUCCGAUCUGAAAAAGGAUUAAAGAUAAUCUUUGAUACUUCGGUAUUAUUCUCUCAAGAAUUAUUACUACUAUUUCAACAGUCGUUUAAAGAUACAAUGAAGAUUGGAUAUUUAAAUUCAUCAUCGAAAGAAGGAAACUAUUUGGCUGAGUAUUAUUUACCCAAAUCGCAAAAUGGAGUAUUUAUUCUACAUAGCAAUCGUUUCAACUAUAUUUUAAAACAUUUAAAGAAAUUCCUUGUCUCAUAUUGGAUAUUAAUACUAAUUUAUGCUCUAGAUUUAAACAAUUAUUUCUUCAGUGACUUUCUAUCCAUCAUCCUUACUGUCAUAAUGAUAUAUGAAUGCGUAUUCUCCACUUAUAAUUUCUUGAUAUUUAAUUCAUUUUUAAUAUACAGACUUCCAAUUAUAAUAUGUU